AUCAAGUAUGUUUAAAUGUUCGUGAUAUACAAGAACUAAAACUUAUACGAUUACCAUCAACAUUUCAUGAAUCUAAAGCUAAAUUACGUGCUAUUGAUCCAUGUCUUAUUGAUAUACGUCUUUCAUUAUCUGAUGAACAUAAUAGAAUUUCAAAUGAAUCAAUAAAACAAUAUCAUCAACCAAUACCAAUAGCUCGUUGUUCACAUAGUAAAUCAAUGGGAAGUAGUGGUAAUAGUACAGUAAUUUCAUCGAGUUCAAAUGAAUCAUCAUCAUCAUUAGGUUAUUUACCUAUGAAUAAAACUCUUGAUGAUUCAUUUAAUGAACAAAUUAAAAAAUUCAGUGAACUUUCAACAACAACACAUAUUCCAUCAAAACCAAUUACAUUAGUUGCAAAAAAAGUUUUACCAAAAAAAAUUAUACGAAAUAAUAAUAAUAAUAAUAAUCGUUCAUUAUUAUCAACAGAAAUUCAUCCUACAAAUAUGAUAAAAACAACAACUGUAGAUAAUCAUCGUAAAAUAUCACCUAUACGUGUAACAAUUACAAGUAAAUUAAAUCCAAAUGCUACUCCAUUCUAUGGUCAACAACGUUCAAUAUCUACGACUCAAAAUUCAUCAUUUAUAUCCUAUGAACAAAAUCAAUUUCAAUCAAAUCCUCAAUCUAGUAUUUCAUCCAAUCGUUCACAAUCAAUACCAAAUGAAAUUAAUACAAUCAAUCGUCUUGUUCAUCAACAACAAAAUCGACAUCGUUCUUAUCAACGAUUUGUUCCACCACGACAAAUGGCUAUAAGAAAACAAUUCAAUAUUCAAUCAACGGAUAAAAAAUCAAAUCAUGAACAAUUGCCAGGAUCAAUUUAUCAAACAUCAUCGACAGUAAUGGAUCAGAUAUUAUCAACACCACCUAUGCGAGAACGUUUAUCCGUACCAAUUAAUAAGCGUCCACGUCAAUCACCUGUUAUUCUUCGUUCGACUGGUAGUUUACCGUAUCAACAUAAAAAUUCAGGAGACCGUAACCAAUUACAAAUGCCGUUAUCAUUCGGAGAACCAAUUGGUUCUCAUCGUGGACAACGUACUGUUUCUGGUACAAGUAGUGGUAGUAGUUUAAGUGUUGAUAUUGGUCCUCAUUCAAUAAUUCAACUUGAUUCAAUAUCAAACGUUUUAACAUCAAAUGAUGGUCAAUAUGAUUUUGAAAAAGCUAAUGAAGAAUUUCAUCGUUAUUUAGCAUUGGAAGAAUUAGUUACUCGACAUGUAUCAUCAGGUUAUUCAACAGAAUCUCAUCCUGAUGAUGAUUUAAAUCAACAACAAUCUCAAACAAAUCCAUAUAAAAAAGAUAUUUCAUUUUUUGAUCGUAUAUCAUGUACAGCUACAACAGGUACGGCUGUAGCUUAUACUGAAAUGGAUGAAAUAGAAAAAAAUCGUGAAACAUUUGGUGAUGAUGCUCUUCUUAUCGGUUCUGAUUUAAAUGAUAAUGAAUGGUUUAUUUAA